AUGGCAUUUUGGUUUUUUCAUUCAUUGAGGAACAUGUCUGAAAACAUAGAACAUUGUUCUUCUUCUGUCACCACUGAAGAUAACAAUGUAAGAAUUUUUAAAACACCCACUCAGCCUUUGCUUCCUAAAAUAUAUUAUAAUUCUAGAGGUGAUAAAGACUAUAUGCCAUGUUCUUCUGAAAACAAACCUUUUGUUGGAAUGUUAUUUGAUAUCCUUCAAGAUGGUAUUGCCUUUUAUUACAAAUAUGCUAAUGAGUGUGGAUUUAAAGUCCGUUCUAGUACUACUAAAUCACAAAAGAAUAAGAAUAAUCCUACUAGUAAAGGAUUUACUAUAAUUAAAUAUUUAUUAUGUAGCAAAGAAGGGUAUGUGACAAAUAACAAGAAACCUGGUAAACAAGUUGAAGGUGCUUGUUUAAAGAGAAAGACUGUGAAGAGAGUUGGUUGUCCUGCUAAGAUAAAAUUUAGGUUCUGUAUUGGUGGGAAGAUCAUGAAAAAACUUUGUGGUGGGUUUCAAAAUGUCAGGGGCAGUAAAAAUGAUUUCAAAAAUUUUUCUAGGGACUUGAAAGUUUAUAUCUCUAAUGCUGAUGGUGCAAUGCAUUUGACCCGUGCUUUUUGGGCUGAUGCUAUUGGUAGAAGAGAUUAUCAAUUAUUUGGGGACUCUUUAUCUUUUGAUUCUACCUAUGAUACAAAUAAAUAUUCAUUGGUUUUCUGUCCUUUUACUGGUGUUGAUAAUCACAAGAGAUGUGUUACAUUUUGUGUUGCUCUAUUAUCUAAAGAAGACAUAGAUUCUUUUUUGUGGCUAUUUGAAACUUUUUUGAAGUGUAUGGGAAGAGAACCCUCUUGUAUUAUCAUCGAUCAAGAUCCUACAAUGGGUAUUGCCAUAGAAAAGGUUUUUACCAAGACUAAACAUAGGCUAUGUAUGUGGCACGUAAUGAGGAAGGUACCUGAAAAGCUUGGAACUGCUUUUUGUAAUGAAACUGAUUUCCUGAAAAAGCUAAGUGCAGUAGUUUGGGAUAGAGAAAUUGAUCCUCAUGUAUUCGUUGAUGGCUGGAAUAGUGUUAUGGAGGAGUUUAACCUAUUUAUGGGUGGGUUACUGCGUUCUACAUCUAGGUCUGAAGGUGAAAACAGUUUCUUUUGUAAUUUUAUUAAUCCUCAUGUGACCUGUGUUGAAUUCUUUGUCCGUUAUGAAACUGCUCUUGAUGCUCAAAGGCAUGAACAGGAUGAGUUGUACAAUCUUAAUAAACUUGAGCCUCAAUUGGUUACUAAUUUACACUUGGAAAAGCAUGCUGCUGUUGUUUAUACUCGUUCCAUAUUUUAUGAUUUUCAAGAAGAAUGCCAGGCAGCCUGUUUUUCAUGUGGUGUUGAAAGUUGUAGUUCUCUGUAUGGAGAUGGUGUGGAGUUUUCAGUUAUUGUUUAUCAUGAGAAAAGGAAAAAUUUUGAUACACAUUUUGUUUGUUAUGAAAGGAAAGUUAUACGAGAAAUUCCUUAUGCUUAUAUCUUGAAUCGUUGGAGAAAAGAUGUUGUGAAGAAAGCUUCUAUCAUAGAUGUUGCUCCGGAUGAUGCUUCUAAGUAUGAUAAGAAGAAGCAAUUGGUCAGUGAUGUAUGGUCCAAGAUUUUCAGUUGUGUGAGUUUAACUGAUCAAUCUGAGGAUGAUUUAUCUAAGCUUAUUAGGACAUUAUCUUCAUUUGAGGAGCAGAUGAUAUCAAAGAAUAAUCUUGAAAAUGCACCUAGUUCAAAAGAGGUGAAAGAUGCUGAUAUUCAGUGUCUUAAUAAGGGUUCUGCCAGAAGUUCAAAGACGUUGAAGAGUGCAAAAGAAAUAGCUACUGAAGAAAAAUCUAAAAAAAGCAGAACUUGUAGAGCUUGUGGGCAAUCUGGUGUUUCCCAUUACAGUAGAAACUGUCCAAACAAGUGUUAUUAUACUUGUUAUUUUAAUACUUGGAAAUUAGAAGUUGUUUUGGAAGAUCAAGAUCAAAUUUAA